AGCCGGAGCCGCGGCCAGAGCUGCUGCGGACGCCAUGGAGGCUGGGGCCCUGGCUGUGCUCUGGGUGCUGGUGGCCGUGGGCUGGGGGCAGCCCAUCGCCCCUCAGGUGCCCCCCCCGUGCCUCCCCCCGCUGCCCCCCCGCGACUGCCAGGACGUUCACGCCGGGGGGGGCCGCGGGGACGGCGUUUACCUCAUUUACCCCGGGGGGGCCGGGGGGCGCCCCGUCCCCGUCUACUGCGACAUGACCACGCUGGGGCACGUCUGGACGGUGUUCCAGCGUCGCUUCAAUGGCUCCGUCAGCUUCUUCCGAGGUUGGAGCGAUUACCGUGACGGCUUCGGCCGCGCUGACGGCGAGUACUGGCUGGGGCUGCAGUGGCUGCACCUCCUGACCCCCAUUGCCCCCCUGACCCCCCACUGCCCCCCAUUGCCCUCCUGA